AUGGCGAGCAUAGACCGCUACCGUCCGCCCCGCGAGGGUUAUCAGCCGCCCGCCCUCCCUGGGAGCUCGCGAGCAGACGGACCAUCGCGGUCUCCCGUGCCUCCACGAGAAAUCCCACCUGCCGCCCCAACGCCUCCUCAGAAUAGUGCGCGGACGUCUCCCCCGCGCCCUCAGACGCAGCCGCAGCCGCAGUCCGACCAACAGUCGCCCGCGCAGUCUGGCCACAAUGGCCAAGGCACUGUGGCGAAUCAAUGGUCGUUCACGUCAGCCGAGGUUCUGAGCACGCCCAGCAUCAUCGAUGGGAUACCGCCGUCAGAGGAACGGCUCCGACGAGCAAAAGGCGUCAAUUUUAUCUACCAGGCUGGCGUCAUGCUGGACUUGCCCCAGAUCACCCUGUGGGUUGCCGGCGUCUUCUUUCACAGAUUUUUCAUGCGCUUCAGCAUGGUGCAGGACAAAGGCGGCAUACACCACUAUAAUAUUGCCGCCACGGCGCUGUUCCUGGCCAACAAAGUCGAGGAAAACUGUCGAAAGACAAAGGAAAUCAUCAUCGCCGUGGCCAAGGUGGCUCAGAAGAACGCAAAGCUUGAAAUCGACGAGCAGAGCAAAGAAUACUGGAGGUGGCGAGACAGCAUACUGACCUACGAAGAGAUCAUGCUCGAGCAGCUUACCUUCGACCUCAUGAUUGACAAUCCGUAUCGGCAACUUUUUGAACUUCUCGGCCAGCUCGACAUUGUCCACAACAAGAAUCUUCGACAGGCCGCCUGGGCAUUCUGCAACGACGCCUGUUUGACGGCAAUUCCUCUAUUAAUCGAAGCACGGGAUGUGGCGAUAAGUGCCAUCUUCUUCGCCAGUGUCCAUACCCGUCACCAGAUUGACGAUAUCAAUGGCGAGCCGUGGUGGAGAUACUUGAAUGGAGACGAGGAGCGUUGUACCAGCGCCAUCGAGGUGAUGCGCCAGUUCUACACGGAGAAUCCGCUGAGGAAGCAGAACCCGUCGCUGCCAUCGCCCGCAUUCGACUUGGAGAACACGCGGAGGCGUGCAGAAACACUGCCGAGCCAGCCUGACACGCUGUCUUCGAAUGGCACGCCCACGGAAUUGGACAGGGCUAGCCGCAGCAGAAGCCCUGCACCGAGAGCUAAUGGCGCUGACAGAGGGGAUGGAAGCAUGCCAAGGUCACCGGUGAAAAGAAAAGACGCCGAUCCUGACGGCGGGGCCGAGCACGGAAGGUCUGAAAAGCGUGCCAAGGUGUCGGAAGACGAAGGCGAGUUGGUGGAGGACUAG